GCGGUCGAUGCGCUAAGAUCACCAUGGCCACCGGAACUGCUUUAUGCGUUCCCUCCGCUUCCAUUAAUUCCCAAGGUAAUCAGAAAACUCCUGGAAGAGAAGGCCGAACUAAUCCUAGUGGCUCCUCAUUGGCCUCGGAGACCUUGGUUUAUGGACCUCAAAGCUCUUUCAGUGACAACACCUUGGCGCAUACCAGACAAUCAGAUUGCUCUCAGUCAGGGCGUUCUCAUCCAUCCAGAACCUCAGUGGUUACAACUCACCGUCUGGCGAUUGAGCGGGACAUCUUAGCGGGUCUCAACAUUCCCCCAGACGCAGUACCGACAAUUCAGGCGGCACGACGACCAUCCACGAAGCGCAUAUACCAAUUCACUUGGAAAGCUUUCUCGAUGUGGUGCUCAAAGAGGCCCAUUUCACCUAGGAAUCCUGACCUAUCUCACAUCAUUGGUUUCCUACAAGAGGGCCUGACGUCAGGUCUCUCUCCUAACACCCUCCGACGCCAAGUCGCAGCUCUUUCCUCGGUGCUUACCUUCAGCUCAUCAGAGUCCCUGGCAAAGGAUCCAGUCAUCAGAUUGUUUUUGAGGGGAGCCUCUAACCUGCAUCCUCCUACUAUUCACAGGUACCCAUCCUGGAACCUUAAUAAAGUUCUUAAUACAUUAAUGAGAGCGCCAUUUGAACCACUCCGAGAGGCUUCUUUACGACUCUUGACUUUCAAGGUGGCUUUCCUUAUUGCCAUAACUUCAGCUCGCCGCAUUUCAGAAUUGGCAGCGCUCUCAACACGCAAAGACCUUUGCAUUUUUCACCUCGAUAGGGUAGUUCUGCGUCUCGACCCAACCUUUGUUCCAAAAGUUAAUUCACUAUUUCAUCGUUCUCAGGAACUGAUUCUCCCAAAUUUCUGUCCCGUACCCAGACAUCAAAAGGAACAUGAAUGGCAUACGUUGGAUGUCCGAAGAGCCUUAAAGAUAUACUUACAUCGUACUUCUCCAUUUCGUAAAACGGAAGCUCUCCUUGUUUCCUUCCAACCUUCUUCGUUAGGCUCCAAAGUUUCAGGACCUACCAUUGGCAGAUGGAUACGGGCCACCAUAGCCAUGACAUACGAUUUGCAAUCUCUUCCUCGGCCAAAGAACAUCACAGCACACUCCACGAGGAGUGCCUCCACUUCGGCAGCUUGGGCGACCCAGGCGCCCUUAGAGGAAGUAUGCAGGGCGGCAACUUGGUCUUCACCGUCGCCUUUCAUCAGACACUAUAAACUCGAUACCUAUGCAUCGGCAGAAGCCUCCUUCGGUAGACGAGUUUUGCAAAGUGUACACGACAACCCAUGACUCAUCGGCCUAUCUUCACCCUCCCGGACAAUCACCUAGCUUUGGAAGACACGUAGAGUCUGAGCAGCUUCCUCGCCAAAAACUGGAGAGACAACAGGAUAAGGCGGGGCUUGAAACAGAUUAAAGACUCGGUCCUACAAGCUUGACACAAGAGUUAACCCAUGCCUGACUGCCGUUUUCCUCCUUGCUGAGAAAGGACGUCUCAGG